ACAGCGACGUUCACGUCGGGAGGACGUCCCAAGGCGCAGCACGGAUCUCGAAGGAGCUCAAGGUGUGAGCUGGUGACAUCUUUUCCUCUGACCUUCCUUCCCCAGGACCGUUUGACGGAGGGAAUUCCUGUGUCGUGUGAGGUGAGCACCAGCUUGGAGACCAGGCAUGACCACCUCGGCCAUCAGGCGACAGGUUAAGAACCUUGUCCACAAUUACUCCGAAGCCGAGAUAAAGGUUCGGGAAGCCACGUCCAACGACCCCUGGGGCCCUCCCAGCUCACUCAUGUCUGACAUCGCCGACCUUACCUUCAACGUGGUGGCCUUCUCCGAGAUAAUGGGGAUGGUUUGGAAGCGACUGAACGACCACGGAAAGAACUGGAGGCAUGUUUACAAGGCCCUGACCCUUCUGGAUUAUCUCAUCAAGACAGGCUCAGAGAAGGUGUCUCAGCAAUGCAGGGAGAACAUUUACACAGUACAGACGCUGAAGGACUUUCAGUACAUAGACCGAGACGGGAAAGACCAAGGCAUCAAUGUGCGAGAGAAAGCCAAGCAGCUGGUCUCGCUUCUCAAAGACGAAGAGCGUCUCCGCCAGGACAGGGCACACGCACUGAAAACCAAGGAGAGGAUGUCCCAGGCGGCCACCGGCCUCGGCAGCCACCAGCACAGCCACCCCAGCCUGGCCUCCUACACACACCCCGAGGAUCACAGGAAGUCAGCCUGCGCCUCACCCAUCUCCUACCAAGACUCCUCUUCCUCAUCCCCCAGGUUCGACCCUGACCUGGAGCAGGCACGACCCACCACCAGCGGCGAGGAGGAGCUCCAGCUCCAGCUAGCCCUGGCCAUGAGCAGGGAGGAGGCCGAGAGGGGCUUACAGAGGUCACCAACAGACUCUGAGGAAGAGAUACAGCUGCAGAUUGCAUUGAGUUUGAGCAAAGAGCAACAUGAAAAGGAGCAGAGAGAGAGGUCUUCGCUCGUCGAUGAUGAUGAAGAUGAGGACGACACACUUCGGAGAGCAUUGGAAGAAAGUCGGCGAGAGAGCGAAAUGUCCCAGGGGAAGAACGAGUCGUCGUUGAUGGACCUGGUGGAUAUCUUCGGGGCCCCGGUGACCGGCCCCGAGGGCCAUGCGGACCCCUGGGGAGCGGAACUGAACGGCGUCUCUGCCCCCGGCCACCCAUGGGGGGACAAACACGCCACCUCCCCCACCUCCGGCACCUCUCCCGACCCCUGGGACUCCCUCGGUACAGAGAUGCCGGCUCCCGCGGUGGCUGAUUCCUGGAUGUCUGCAGACAGCCAAGCAGCUUCCUCACAGCCCUGGGACCCCGAUCCAUGGGCAGGACCCCCAGAUCCCAGCCAAAGCCCCCUGGAUCCCUGGGCCUCGCUACCCACCCCCACCUCCGGCAGUCAGCCCGCAGGAAAGCUGGACUUGUUAAGUGAAGUUGCUCCGAGCUCAAAGCAGAACGGCACAAGCAGCCCUGACAUCUUUGACAUGACCGGGAUGGGGAACUGCUUACAGGACUCCGCCAAGACCAACGGCACGCGGCGGACUCCAGAAUUAUUCCUGGAUCCGAAUGCUGCCUCCCUGGUGAAUCUGGACUCCCUGCUCUCCAUCCCUCCCCAGAGUGUAAAGAGCAAGAAUCCUUUCCAUGUGACAGGAGCUGCUAGUGCACCAUCGGCAAUUAACCCUUUCCAAGUGAGUGACAGGAACAAGUUAACCUUGAAUCAGAUGCAGAUCAGCUCCGGGUUGGGGCAGGACAGCCUGACCCAGAGUGGCACCGUGGGAUUGGCGUCGGGCUCCAUGCCUUUCAUGUCGUCUCCUCCGAUGGCCUUAAACAGCAGCAUGCCUGUGUCCCUGACGCUCCCACCUACCUUCAGUGGCCUGGCUCAGCUGGGAGGCAUGGCACCAAACAUGGGGACUACAGUGAACAUGACCAGUAGCCUUCCGCAGCCUCUCAUGCCAGUCACUCAACCUGCCCACGUGCCCCAGGCAUCUGGCCAGCUAAACCCCUUCCUCUGAGUUCGACCAGCAACCUUCAGUAACCUUCUUAAACGAGUUGUGUUUUCUGUGAUACCGAAAUAAAAUUAGAUGCAGCCCUGACCCUAGGAAAGCUAUUCUGCCCCGCGAUCAACUGGACGAGUGACUUCAGCUAGAGAUGUUUCAGGAUGUGAUGUAAGAUUUAUAAAAGGCACCCUGAUCAGGAGAGAUGUAAGUAAUUAUUGAUUCCAGAAUAAAAUUUUAAUUUUAUUAUCAAUGA